UGUUUUGCUGCUCGGAGGCUUCUGCAUAGAGAUGGCAAGAGAACCCUAGCAGGCUGUGGGGCCUAUACGGUUGGGCUUUCUACCGAAAACCGUAACGUUAGUAGCGCAAAGACGCAGUUGGUAGGAAAGGAUCGGAACAGCGGAUAAGAAGAACCAUGGGACACGGAGUGGGCUGAACCAGAGGGUCUAGCAGCACACGCCAAUUGGUUCCCACAGUGGUAUAUGACAUGGCCACGGCCUCAUCCAGAGCAGAGUCCAGCCAUAACCACAGAGGAACGACACAGCUCCAUGCCAUCGUUUCCUGUGCCAAAAUCAAGAGGAAGAAGAGCCUGUUUGGGACAGCCAUUUAUGUGGAGGUGACAGCGGAGGGGCAGUCGCGCCGCACAGCAAAGUCUCACAGCUCCUCCAGUCCUAAAUGGGAUGAGAGGCUCACUCUGAAUGUAACACCGCACACGCAGGUUGAUUUCAGAGUAUGGAGUCACCACACCCUGAAGGCGGACGCUUUGCUGGGCAGAGCCACACUGGACCUCACUCAAGCCUUGGAGCAGCAUGACAGGAAAUUGGAGAAUGUGAAGGAGGUGCUGAAGCUGAGCGUGGAGCAGAAGGGGGCUGUGGUUCCCACAGGAGAGCUGACUGUCUACCUAGACGGUCUGACUGUUACUGACCAGGAGGAACUGGCACCGCUUACCAACGGCAAUGCAGCAAACGGCACCAGUGAGCUGAAAGUCCAACAGAAUGGCGAUGCCAUCCAUGAAAAUGGAGACUCAUCCUCCUCUUGCUCAAUGGCUGCCAGCAGCACAGUGAAUGGUACAGACUUGCGCCCAAGGUCCAGUUCCUGUUCGGCAACCAAUGGUUUGGGCUCUCAGGUGCCUUCCAGUUCCUGCAGCGCUUCCCUUGGUCACGUCAUCGUCAAUGGAGACGUCACACCCAACUCCACCCCAGUCCACCGACCCUUAGACAGUGACCCCGAGAGUAGGACAGUCAAUGGAGAGUCCUGUGACGCUGCUCUCAGGCCAUCGUCUGCUACAACAGGAGAAGUGCCGCCCCCUGCAGAUGACCAGCAGGACUGCAAUCAAGAUUCCGCCCCGCCAGAUCCCAACACAGCGCCAGACGAGACCUCCCAAACCCUGCUAAGCUCCACACAGGCUCCAGCCUCCUCCUCUGCUAAGCCUACUGAUGGCACUGCUGCUGCUUCCUCCACUUUCAGCUCCCCGCAACAAGGGCCCCCCGCCAUCACAACCUCCUCAUCAUCGACCUCCCCGCCCCCAGCAAUCGGAGACGAGAAUGCUUCAGCAGAAGGCGGUGGCAGCAGUAGCAGCAGUACAGCCGUAACUACAGACGGGGCCAAGCCCAGGGAACAGGCCCCUAAUGCUGGAGCCCCUGACCCUCUGCCUCCAGGGUGGGAGCAGAGGAAAGACCCGCAUGGGAGAACUUAUUAUGUCGACCACAACACCAGAACUACCACCUGGGAAAGACCACAGCCACUACCACCAGGUUGGGAGCGCCGGGUAGAUGACCGGGGAAGGAUCUAUUACGUGGACCACAACACCCGCACCACCACAUGGCAGCGUCCCACCAUGGAGUCGGUCCGCAACUUUGAGCAGUGGCAGAGCCAGCGCAGCCAGCUGCAGGGAGCUAUGCACCAGUUUAACCAGAGAUACCUCUACUCUGUAUAUUUUUGCAGCCUUAUGGCAGAGUGGAGGUUCUCCCGCGGGGUUGAAGGUCAGACCAAAGCUUUUCUGGACGGCUUCAACGAGGUGGUUCCACUUCAGUGGCUCCAGUACUUCGACGAAAAGGAACUUGAGGUGAUGCUGUGCGGCAUGCAGGAGGUAGACCUUCAGGACUGGCAGAGAAACACAGUGUACCGUCACUACACACGGAACAGCAAACAGAUCAUCUGGUUCUGGCAGCUGGUGAAAGAAGUGGAAAACGAAGUGCGGCUGCGGCUCAUGCAGUUUGUCACUGGUACCUGCAGACUCCCUCUGGGCGGCUUCGCUGAACUCAUGGGAAGUAACGGGCCGCAGAAGUUCUGCAUUGAGAAGGUGGGGAAGGACACGUGGCUUCCUCGGAGCCACACAUGUUUCAACCGCCUGGACUUGCCUCCCUAUAAGAGCUUCGAGCAGCUGAAAGAGAAGCUGCUCUUUGCCAUCGAGGAAACCGAAGGAUUUGGCCAAGAAUAGAGGGAGGAGUCCUCUCCCAUUUCCCUCCCUCUCCCAUCGCUGUUUAUUCAGCCAAGUAAAACAAAAACAAAAAAAGAAUUGCACAAGAUAACCACCAAUGUAUAUAAGCUAUUUUGUCAUUUUAAACCAAAUCUUAAUUUGCAGCAUCGUUUUUGCCGCAAUCCUGUUCCCUCCUAUCCCUUAAAAUAUUAUAUGAAACCCCAUCAUGAAAUAUGCAAGCAUUUCAGCCUUUCUGCUCCUCUGUAUACAAACAGAAUUCUUGGAUACUUUUUUUCUUUUUCUCCCCACUGCAUCUUUUUAAAAGAGACUAAAAAGUGUUUUGGAGAGGAUUUUAUAGUUGAAGCGCGAUCUUCUUUUAAAGCUCUAGUUCUAUAGAGCUUCUAACUGGCGAGAGUAGUAUUGGGGUCUGGUGCCUGAAUUUAUUUCCCCCCCCUGUUGAAUCAUAGUCAUUUUUUUUUGCGUGCUUGCAUGACUGCCUGUGAAGAAAAGAAGAUGCUGAGACCCACUGUACACACACAGACAUUUCAGCAUGGACGCUUUGUUGCUUAUUGAGCCCUCUUUCCUUUAUCAUCAAAAGUGUUUGGGGAUAUACUGCAGAGAGAAAGCCUCUCACUAAGCACCAUCAUCUGUCCUUGGAUAAAGAUGGGAGUUCAUUCAUUUAGCAGAGAAAGGCUACUAAAAGAGUGAGCCAAGCCACCUACCCUGCUGCCUAAUGACUCAGUUAGCAAGCCAGUCUACACGCUCAGUUUUUAUUUAAAGAUUAAGCUGUUUCAACAAAAACAAUUCCACAAAAAAGUAAAAAAACGACUGGCUCGAUGGGUCCUGUGUGCUUGGCUGAUGAUCUAAUGCCUAUGAAGCCACUGUGGAUAAGACAGCCAAUGGCAUCCUUAUUUGAUCAAAGGUACUUCAACCCAUCUGUUAUAGGUAUUAUAAUAGUAAAAUAUAUUAUAAUUAAAUAAAAAAUGUUAAUCAGAAACCAAACACAGCAUAUGAUAUUUAGCCAUCUUGUGUUGUAAUUAGGUCUAAAGAGCAUCUCCUUCAAAUUAAUGUACAUCUGUGCACGAACUUGAAGACACUGUUCUCGUUUAUUACUCAACUGAAGCUAAUAUGGCAUCAAAAAUGUCAAAGUUACAUGGAAAUGAUAUUCAGGUCAUAAAGGAGGUUAUGGACUUAAAAAACCUUUCAUAAGUCAUGUCUUAAAUGGUGCAUGCAGUGAGUGCAAACUGAGUGUGAACUGGCCAGGUCAAAUAAAAAUAGGCAUUAAACAAAUCUUUGUGAUGGGAAGUGAUGGGCUUCAGAAAGUAGUGACUGGGUCAUAAACCUGUAUGUGAUUGUUAGAAUGUAACAAUACUGUCAAAUUUAAGUCUGUGUGUAAUGGAGACAAAAUAACUUUGCAGCCAUGCUGAGCCUACUUUCUGGAUCGUACCAUUUAAUUGAUCCAGCCCGUGUUCAGUCUCAUUCCUCCUGAGGUGAGCUAGCUUUAGUUUUUAAAACAGACGUGUGUUCAUCCCUUAGGUUGCAGGAAAAUAGCCUUUAACAUACAAAUAAUGAUUAACAAGACACUAAAGUGCCACAGACCAAAUAACGCAACUCCUCAGCAGCCUCAAGCCUGUUUGGAGAGUGAUGAGACUUCUGUGUGUUUUUAAUUUUUUGCACCCCCACUUUCCCCUUUCCCCUUUAUCUCCGUUAACUCUUCAGGGGACAUGUCGUUUGCUUUCAUCGUCUAACCAUCCAUUGUUUCUAAGCUCUGGUGCUCAUUCUUUCAGUCAGUGGUCUAAAUGCAGCUAUGGCAGCGGCAUGCCAUUUUCCUUUCUCUUCUAUGGCGUUAUGUUGUCAGGCCACUGCAGCAAGCUGACUCUUCUUCUAGGAGGAGCUAUCAGUCAUGUAUAAAACACGUUCAGCUGACGACAGUAUGAAGAAAACAUUUACUGUAGCAAAAGGAGCCGACUUAAGAGAAGUCAAAACUGCAGAACUUUGUGCUUCCUUAAUUUGAACAGAAACAUGUAAUCAAAGAAAAUCAACUGUGUAUGUGAAUAUUCAUUGUAUAAAGAUAAUGAAAGUAAAUAAAGUACUUAAAUAUUAUAAUUAUUUACACAGAGCCGCCGCUCCAUUGAUGGAAAUCUGUGAUGCCUUUUUGUUUCUAUCAGAAAUAGAUGGGACGUUUCAGGUUGCCUUCACUGCAGCCAGUUAGAGGAAGUUUCACCUGGAGAGAAACGUGGAGUCAUGUUACUGAACAUCAGUCAGUAUGUGCUCAUGCAGCAGGGAUCUUGUUUCUGUGCCGACUGCAGCGUAGGCCACCUGAAACGCGUAUCCAACCUGUAACAUAUCGCGUGUAGAUACACACUGUAAACACCAACUACACUGUACAGAAUGCCCCUUUACUGGAGACCAUGUGUAUAGAAGAUUCAUUUUUAAUCUGCUUUCAACCCAUUUUAAUGGAGAGAUGGAUUUAUGAGAUACAAAUAAAUAAGUAAAUAAACCCCCUCCAUGACCAUGCCUUUUUCUUUUUUCCAUGUGUGAUUAUCGGGGGACGAGAGACCUUCUGCUCAGGAUUCACAACCUUUCUUUUUUUCUGUUCUUAAAGAAAAAUCAAUGAAUGUGCUUUUGGUUUAUCCUUUGCUUUGAUUGGAUCUUGCCUGUCGAAAGAACCAUAAUAAAUAAUGUAUCUGAUUAUCUUUAAAGCUGGUUAUAUUUUUUGUUCAAUUGUCAACAAGAUCUCAGCAAUACAAAGAGGGAAUUUCUUAAAAUAUGGCACACACAUCCACUUGGAAUGCUGUGGUCCAAAGUUAUGAUUUUGGUCAUAUCUUCCUUCUGCUAAUUAUGAAAAUGUUUAAUAGGAUGAAGUGAUCACAUUUUGGACAGACGUGGAUGCAUCUUGAGUGGUUUGCAGAGACAGACAAAUGUUAAGACCAGUAAUUCUGAUAUAAUUUAUUGUUCCAACUAUUUACUUAUAAAAAAAU